AUGCCCAAAAAGCAUCAACCAAAGGCUCUCCUAACUAAACCGCAGUCGAGUACGCCACAUACACUAUCGUCGUCCAAGGCCUCUCAGUCCAACACCACGCACAAUGGCCCUCCGCAACGAAGUGUCAACGAUCUGAUCCGCGAGUCUAGACGUCUGCAGAGAAGAAACGAACCGCUCCCCCCAGCGCCGGGCAAUGCUGCUUCGAUCCCUCCUUCUCUGAGACGUGUGCUCGAUCUCCCUCCUCUCCCGCCAGCACCUGUCCCCCACGUCCGUUCCAAUGGGCCUAGCCGGCUGCGGCGCAUACCUGGGCCUCCGCCACCUCGCAGUUGGCUGACCGACAGCAUUCACGCCCCGGAUUCGGCGAGGGCUACAGCUGACACUGAGUCGAGGGGCCACCGGAUCCAGGUUCGCGCGAGUAACUUGCCGAGCGGCUCAUUCCCUCCCGCCGGAUCGUUGCAGCAUUUGGCGCUGAAGAAGAUAGCGAGCAACUGGUCGUGGCAUGUUGAAAAUGAUCAAGUCUACUUCCCGGCUCUGCCCACAAAUUUGAAAGAGACUCUUCUGAGUUAUAUUGCUGUCUACAACGAGGCGCCGAUCAACCCACUUCGUCCGUUGUUUCUCAAUGACAAUGAUCCCGGAGAUCGCCUUGAAGUGCACCGACUCGAUCUGAGCAACGGCCUUGGCUUAUGGAUGACUUUGAAGCAAUUGGAGCGUGAUUUGGUGCCGAAGCAGGCACCCGUCACAAAGUCUGUCUCUUCCACACAAGCUGCCUCACAAGCUGCCUCGCCAUUUGAAGCGCUGGAUAGCUGGGAGGCCGAGUCUGACGACGUCGACCGUCUAAGCCCGCUGCCUCUCUCAGUGAUCCCAAAAGCCAUAUCCAAUUUUGUCAACCUAAAGCACCUGUCACUGGCUGUUUCGCCAGCAAACGUAAAAGCAGCCUCGUGGCCUUCUUUGCUUUCCUUGGCCACGGAACUUCGAACGCUGACUUCGCUAUCGCUAGCUUACUGGCCCCAACCGACCUUUACCCCCAAUGCCGCGUCGACCAGGGCAGUUUUACACGUCCCUGGAUCUCCCUCGGUGGUUUAUGGCGGCUCCGAUAUGUACACAGCGUAUGACGACAACUGGAGAGAGGCUGCAGGAAUCCUUCGUACCCUGAGCAGGUCUUUGUAUUGUCUGAAAUGGCUCGACCUCACGGGCUGUGGUGAUUGGUUCGCCGCGCUAAAAUGGCGGCCGGAAUCUUCCUCUGAGUCGUCUUCUCCUGAAAGGUAUGGCCCCGAGUGGAAUUCUGGGUGGAGGGGCCUUGAAAAGCUCAUUCUGGAAGUUGGUUGGAAACCUCUUCCGCCAUCAGCUCACGAUAGUUUGCCGACUUCCGGCCAGCCACCUUGGGAUGUCGAGAAUGAGCGCAGGAUAUACCGUUACAAUAAGGAGAGGCAACGGUUCGGCGAGAUACGCAGCAUGGCACAAUCAGUGUCUAAGUACUUGCGCACGAUCCGGAAAGAAGGCGGAGGGAGGUGGAUCGAGGUUGAGAUUGGCGAAGAACUCCAACCCUCGGACUUUCCAUAG